AUGAAGAGGGAGACACAGCCUUGCAUGACGCUGUGCAGUAUCAUCACCUUGAUGUGGUCAAGUAUAUUCUACAAGAAGACUCUUGAGUUUUCAUAUACCACCAACAUAGGUGGGGAGACUCCACUUUAUAUUGCUUCCUGGAGAGGAUAUCACGACUUGGUUGCAGUGAUUUUGAAACUAUGCAAAUCACCACCACCUGACGGUGGCCCGGAUGGAAGUACAGCUUUACACGGCGCAGUAAUUUUUAUAAGUCAAGGGUGUACUAGAAAAUCAGUGGAUUUGAACAAAUCUCUAGCGAUGGAAACAGAUGAAAAUGGAUAUAGUCCACUCCAUUAUGAUGCACUAUUUGGAGAUUAUCCUUUUAUGGCAUCCCAACUAUUAGAUGCGGAUAAUUCUGUUGCAUAUCUUGUAGACAAUGACAAGAAUAUUGCUCUUCACAUAGGAGUUAGCAGAGGUGAUUAUCAUCUAGCUAGAAAACUUAUAUUAAGCUGCCCAGAUUGUAGUGAGAUGGUAAAUGGUAGAAGACAAAAUAUUCUUCACAUCGCACUGGCGUAUAAGGAUGAUUUCAUGGUAGAAUGUAUCCUCAAAAACUGCAGAGGAAUCAGCUCUCUUAUGACACAGAAAGACGAAGAUGGCAACACACCUCUCCAUUUGAUGGCUACUUCUAAUCUCAAAGUCCGUGAACUCAUAAAACAUGCUAUGACGGAUAAGGCUGCCUUAAACAAGCAACAUUUUACUCCCCUAGACAUGGUAGCUGAAGAACAUGGUGAUUUAUGGUGGGCACUCAAAAAUGCUAGGAGUAAAUCAGGCCUUCAGAAAGUAAUGAGCAACCGACAAGACAAGAGAAAGAGAACAACCGAAAAGGAAGAUUGGGUAGCUGAAGAGAAGGAAAGACUAGCAGAGAUCAGGAAAGCAUUCGACAUCAAUAUGAUAGUGGCUGCACUUAUAGCCGCAGUAACACUCGCGGCUGGAUUCACCGUGCCUGGUGGCUACAACCAAAGUGGCACCACAAGCCCAGUCCUAGGAAUGGCAGUUCUAUCAGGAAAACCAGCUUUUCCAGCAUUUAUGGUAUCAGAUACUAUGGCUCUUCUACUCUCUUGUGUAGCUAUAUUUCUCAACUUUUGGGGGUCAUGGAUGGAUACCGUAGAAACUAUCGAGAAAUUUGCCAUUGUCACUACACGUAUUGUUACUGCAUUCAGUACAGCGAUUUAUGUGGUGUUGGCACAAUCCUCAGCCCUUGCAAUCGCCACAUGUGUUGUGGGUGUCAUAUCAAUACCCAUUUCUUUUUUGUUGUGCUUCAGACUUGGCCAUGUAAGCCUUUGA